AGAAGAAGAAGAAGAAGAAGAAGAAGAAGGAGAAGGAGAACAAAGUUUAUCUGAAGAAGAUGAAGCUGAAGCGGCAGCUAAAAUUGAAUCUUUACCAUCCACUCCACCAGUGAAACCCCAUUCUUCAUCAUACGGGUCAGAAACCAAAGCCACACAAGCCAGAUCCACGAAGAAGAAGAAGCGUCCAAACUGUGAAAUUGAAACGACGCCGCCGAAGCGGGUCAAGCAGAAAGACCCUGACCCGGAGCCAAAAUCCCAAGGCGGUGGGGGAGAGAAGAAGCUUUUCCAGAGGCUGUGGAGCAACGAAAACGAGAUGGAGUUGUUGACGGCAAUGUUGGAUUACAAAAAUGUACACGACUCGGAUCCCGGCGCAGAUGCCGCUGCGUUUUACGAUUUCGUCAAGAAUAGUCUACAAAUUACAGUGACUAAGGCCCAACUGAUAGAUAAGAUGAAGAGGUUAAGGAAGAAGUACCGUAAUAAUGCUGGGCGAGGAAAGAAAGGUAAAGACCCAACCUUUUCGAAACCCCAUGAACGAAACACAUAUGAAUUGUCGAAGAAAAUUUGGGGCUGCGCUGCCGCUGAUGGGGCUUCGGGGAGAUGUUUAAAUGGGAUGUUAAGCUUUAAUAAGAAUGUGGUGCUGGACGAGAGUUUAAUAAAGAGUGGACUCGAAUUGAUUGGUCAACAGAAGAGGCAGGAAUUGGAGGAGAGGUGGAAGAGGCUGGAGUUGGCUAAGUUGCAAAUGUUGGCCGCUCACGCCGAGUUGUUUAGGGACCAGGCCAACUUGAUACUUGAGGCAUUCAAGGGCCAUUGAGAGCCAUAUAAUGAGGAAAGUAAGAAAGAAAGGGAAAGAGUGAAAGAAAUGGCUGCCUUCAAGGAUUGCCAGAACCUACAAAAUACAAAGACUCAUGAAACUUGCCUAGAAGGUGACUACCAUGUGACUUUGGAAGCAGAGUUAGAGAACUUCCUUGUGCCU